AUGCAAGCAGAAUUCAAUCCAUUUAAUGCACAACAAAGAAAGCAUGAAAAGAUGAUGAUUAGGCACGUAGAAGAUGAUGAUGAUGGUGAUGAUGAGGAUGAGGAUGAUGAGGAUGUCAAUACUAAAAAACAUAUGUUACCACCGAAGAUUGCAAAAAAGAAAAAGCUUCAAAGCACCAGCACUUAUGGCAUAGAUGUUGUAACAGUUAUGAGUCCUGGUUAUAAAAGAUCAAACUUGCAUGUUAUUCGUGGUUAUUACUUGGCAAAAGCGGUUGAUGAAGUCAAGAUUUAUGUUGAGACUUAUCGAGAGAUUUGGAAGAAGACUGAUGUCUCAAAGACUGCUAGAUUGUUGUAUCAGUUGUUUAGAGAGGUUGUUUUGUAUGUUGGGGUAGAAAACAUUGUGCAUAUGGUGACUGAUAAUGCUGCAAAUUAUGUUGCUGCUGGCAAGUUAUUGAUGGAAGAAUUUCCUUCAAUAUUUUGGUCUCUUUGUGCUGCUUAUUGCAUCAACCUCAAACUCCAGGACAUUGGUAAAUUGCAGUCAGUUUGUUGUGUUGUUGAGCAUGCUUCAGCUCAUAAAAAUGAGUUGAGAGCUAUGGUGACAUAUAGAGAAUGGGUCUCAUCUGCUUAUGCUAAAGAUAGCAAAGGAAAAAAGUUUGUUGAGAGUAUGCUAGACUCUCUGUUUUGGGAAGAAUGUGCAAUAAUUGUGCGAAUGAGUGAGCCUUUAAUUCGAGUUCUACAAAUUGUUGAUGGUGAUGAUAGACCUUCGAUGGGAUAUUUAUAUGAUGCUAUUCAUCAUGCAAAAGAAGAAAUGAUGAGGAGAUUUCAGAAGAGAAAAGCUAGAGUGAAACUUUUCAUAGAUAUUAUCAGUAAUCGGUGGGAUGGACAAUUUUAUAGAAAUCUUUAUGCAGCGGCAUUUUGGUUGAAUCCUCGAUUUCAAUAUGAUGCAAAUAUAAUGGAUAAACAUAUGAGGACCAUUUCUGGACUUCUAAAUGUUCUUGAGAAAUAUACACAUGGAAAUCUACCAUUGCAAAGUAAGAUUACAAGUGAGAUGAAGUUGUUUAGGAAUCCUGAACAUGACUUUGGUCGAGUGUCCGCAAUAAAUAAUCGCACCCUUAUGCCUCCAGUAGAAGAUGACCCGUCAAUCUUGACAACUGAAGAAGCAGAGAGUUUUCACAAAGCUCUAUCAACUAUGACCAUGCAAGAUACUUUAGAUGAUGAUGAUUGUGACGAUGAAGUUUCAAAGGAGCAUGCUGAUGAUUUAUUAGGUGUUGACGAGAUUGGCUCAAUUCCAUCGACAUUUGAUCCAAAUUUUGCUUAUAUGGACACAGAAGAACUUAAUGUGUUCAUUCAACAAAAGUGA